GCUGGUCUGACUUCUGAUGCUCCUGGUAUAACAAGGUUCACUCCAGUUGAUUCUCCUUUACCACGUCCAGAGGAGGUUAAUCCUGAGAUGCUAUCAUUAGCUCUAGAACCAGAAGUAGCUGCUAUAGCUGCACAGCAUCAGUCAGAAGUAUCAGGAACACCUCCAGAGAGAUACAUGGUAGUUGAUAUAGGAGGAGGUACAGUUGAUAUUACUGUACAUGAUAAGAGCACUGGGAGAAUUAGUGUCCUAUUACCACCAAUGGGUAACACCUGGGGAGGUACUACCAUCAAUGAAGCUUUAUCAAUGUUACUGGAAGAAGCAGUAGAUGAUGGAGGCUUCCAAUCUUUUAUAGAAUCUGACCCCAUCAGAGCCAUAGCUACACUAAAUAAGCUCUUCUUCGAAGAAUUUGAAGAGCGAAAAAAGAGAUUUGGAAAUGAAAUUGAGGGCUUUAGCAAAAUCACAUUAUCAUUACCAAGAACUUUUAUGAAGCACUAUGGUAGUGAUAAGCUACAUGAAGCAAGCAAGCUACAUAUGUGCUAUGAUCCAGGAGAUGAUUCCUUAAGCAUAGGAUACAACUUACUAGAAGAGAAGAUAUUCAAAUCCACAGUUGAUAAGAUCAUAGAGUGUGUGAGAGCAGCAUUUGAUGAGUUAACGGAUCAUAUUGAUACAGUUUAUCUGGUAGGAGGGUUUGGAGGGUGUAGGUUUGUUAGACAAAAGAUCGAAGAAGCUAUUGCUCAGCAUUGUGGCAAACUAUAUGAUAAUAUAGUGUGUCCUAUCUAUCCAGAUCUUGCUGUUGUAUCAGGAGCAGUAAUGUGGAGGAAAGAUCCUAACAUAAUCCAAUCACGUGUUGCUGAUGCUACCUAUGGGAUUGGAUGUCAGCCUGAAUUUGACCCAUCAAUACAUGAUGAGCAUUACCAGUAUCUAGAUGAAGAAGGCUAUAAACAACGUUGUAAAAAUGUCUUUAAGGUAUUUGUACUUAAAGGAGAAGUACUAAAGGAUGAAGUGUAUAAAACCACACUAAUACCUCCUUCUCAAAGCCUCACACAAGUAACCAUUCCUAUAUACUGUACAGGAGAUGAUGGAGUACAGUAUACAAGGGAUAAAAAAGGUAAACAAACAGUACGUAAGAUUGGUGAGCUGAUACUUGAUGUUCCUAAUCCUGAUAAUAUACCAAGAGAUGAGAGAGAU